UGUUUUGCAGCAUCGUCAAGAAGCACCUCCUGCCAGCCUUUCGACGCCGUGGACACAGUAUCAUGACCAGCACCCGCGCAAUUCCCCACCUGAACUCGACCAGUUUUGAUGCGUGGCUUAACCAGCUCGACGCGUUUCUCUUCGACUGCGAUGGAGUGUUGUGGCGAGGUGACGCCGCCAUUGUCGGUGCCAAGGAAGCCAUUGCGCUCCUCCGUGCGCGAGGGAAGAAAGUAAUCUUUGUGACCAACAACUCGACCAAGUCCCGCGACACUUACGUCACCAAGCUCGCGGGUCAAGGCAUUCCUGCCGUUGUCGACGACAUCGUCACAUCUGCAUCGGCGUGUGCCGCCUACCUCAAGAAGACCAACGUACAAGGAAAAGUGUACGUGGUUGGCGAAGCGGGGCUGGCGACGGAAGUGUCGGCGCAAGGCUUUGAGAACUUUGGCUUGCAAGACAACGGAAAGACGACGUUGCCGCAUCCAUUCCAGGUCGACCCGAGCGUCGGCGCCGUGGUGAUUGGGCUCGAUCGAGGCAUUUCGUAUUACAAGCUGUCGUACGCUGCCACGUGUAUUCUGCAAAACCCUGGCUGCAAGUUCUACGCGACCAACAAUGACCCGACGUACCCCACGGAUGGUGCGAUUCUGCCUGGCGGUGGCGCGUGUGUGGCGGCGUUGCAGACGGCCGUGGGUCGCGAGCCGGACGCGAUCAUCGGCAAGCCCAACCAAGCGCUUCUCCAGACGAUCCUGUCCACGCAUUCCCUGGACCCAUCGCGCACCUGCAUGGUAGAGAUGAUUGAUCGCAUACGUUGGACGCCAACAUGGCCUCUACGCUUAGGUCGGCGAUCGCUUGUCUACGGACAUUGAGUUUGGUCGCCGUGGGGGUCUCUAUACACUGCUCGUCAUGACCGGAUGCACAUCGUACGAAGAGAAAGCCGCGAUCGCCGACGAGUUCCAGAGACCCGACUUCUUCGUCGAAGACGUCAACGUGCUCAACCUCCUCGCCGCCACCUCGACGUAGAUUCAGCUCCACUUUGGAUGAGAGAUAAACACGAUUCGUCUUCCGAGU